AUGUCAAGGCUAAGUCAUGGCUAUGUUCUUGGGAGUCCUUUAAGGUGUCAUUGUGGACUGCUAGUGUCCAAGAGCAGGGGUUGGACUAAAAAAAAUCCUGGAAGAAGGUUCAUAGCCUGCUUAGAUUAUGAUGCAGAAACUGAGAGAAGGGGAUGUAAAUUCUUUAGGUGGCUGGAUAGGGAAGAGCCAACAAAUUGGCAAACUCGAGUAAUCCUAGGAUUGAUGGAGGAUAAAGAGAAGUUAAAAAAUGAAUUGAUUUCAAUGAGAAGGGAACUUACUGAAGCUAACCAUGUCUGUAGGAAAGCAAAGGCUGAGUACACUAUGUUGAAGAUGAAAAGGGCUGCAAAAAUGAAAGUUGGGUUUAGUUGUCAAAUGUGGGUAGUUGUUCUAGUCCUGCUACCUUUGUUUGUUAUCUACUAUGUAAGGCAGUAA